UUGUAACUUUUAUUUAAAAUAUAUCGCCGACGACGCGUCGUGUCUUUAAUUUGCCCAUCACUAAUGUGGAUCGGAGCAGGGCUGAUAGCCGAUAGCCGUAGUCACAGUCGCUGCCGUGUCGUGGCUCACUGUUCAGUUUGUUGCGGUGAACGGCGCGAAAUGCUACCCAAAAUAAUAACAAGUAAAUCAAAAAUACAAAAGCAAAAUAAAUAAAAACGCCGCGCAAUUGUUGUUGUUACUGAAAUUUAUACAUGUGCCAUUAAAAACAACAACAAUCGGGAAGAACAUUGAGAAAUUUGUUGUAAAAAAACAUCAUAUAAAAGUGAAACAAUAAUUAAUAAGGCUUAAAAACUUGGCCAAAAGUCAAACAGUUGCAUGGAGUGGACAUGGUUCAAGGAUUGGUGGCGCCUCAAAAAGCUACGUUCGCGUCACCAACGUCACAAAAAGAAACUGGAGGCAGCUGCCGCUGCCAGCAUCACGCACUCGACAGAUGAGGCCAACGAUGCGGAAGAAGGCCACGUAAAGCAGCACGGACUGCACGGAGGAGGAGGAGGAGAAGGAGGGCAGGAGGAGCGCAGGCACAGCCUGGACACGCAUACGCGGCGUAGGCGACGAGCACGCGAUCGUUUGCACCGUAAUCGGUUGAAGCAACGACGCGCUCAAAGUGUCGACGCCAAGGGAGUUGGAGAACAGCUAGAACAAGGGAAGGAGGCAGGAAUUGGGCUGGAGAUGAAGGUGGAAGAGGAGGAGGAGGAGGAUGAUGGCGAGUAUGGGCCAUUCAAUGUUAGCGAUUAUACGGAUUAUGAUUAUCGCAAUGCCAACGGCGACAAUGAUGAUGAGAGCGACGAUUUUUGCUAUUGUGACGAGUGCCUCAACGGCGACACGGACUUUGGUGAUAGCAAUGACGGGAUGGAUUCGGAUACGAGCACCUCAUCAAGCAACAGCAAGCAGGUGGUUGUUGGCAUCUGUGCCAUGGCCAAGAAGACGCAAUCGAAGCCAAUGAAGGAGAUAUUGACACGUCUGGGCGAAUUUGAGUUCAUUAAACUGGUGACCUUUGAGGAGAAUGUGAUAUUGCGUGAACCUGUACAAAACUGGCCCAUCUGUGAUUGCCUCGUCUCGUUUCACUCCAAGGGCUUCCCGCUGGAGAAGGCCAUCGAGUAUGCGCAGCUGCGUAAUCCCUUUGUGCUCAACAAUCUGCACAUGCAGUACGAUAUCCAGGACAGGCGACGUGUCUACGCCAUCUUGGAGAAGGAGGGCAUCGAGAUACCGCGCUAUGCAGUUCUCGAUCGUGAUUCGCCCGAUCCAAAACAUCAUGAGCUCAUCGAGUCGGAGGAUCAUGUGGAGGUCAAUGGCAUUACCUUCAAUAAGCCAUUUGUGGAGAAACCCGUCUCGGCCGAAGAUCACAAUAUUUAUAUCUAUUAUCCGACAUCUGCCGGCGGUGGAAGUCAAAGAUUGUUCCGUAAAAUCGGUAGUCGGAGUAGUGUUUACUCGCCGGAGUCGAGGGUACGAAAAACAGGCUCGUUCAUCUAUGAGGACUUCAUGCCCACAGAUGUAUACUUUUCAGGCACCGAUGUCAAGGUCUAUACUGUUGGACCCGAUUACGCCCAUGCGGAGGCCCGCAAGAGUCCCGCCCUCGAUGGUAAAGUGGAACGCGAUAGCGAGGGCAAAGAGAUCCGCUAUCCGGUUAUACUCAAUCACUCGGAGAAACUAAUAUCGCGAAAAGUGUGUCUCGCCUUCAAGCAGACCGUCUGCGGAUUUGAUUUAUUACGCGCCAAUGGCAAAAGCUACGUUUGCGAUGUGAACGGAUUCAGUUUUGUGAAGAACUCCAACAAAUAUUACGAUGACUGUGCCAAAAUCUUGGGCAACAUGAUAUUGCGCGAAUUGACACCGACUCUCCACAUACCCUGGUCGGUGCCAUUCCAGCUAGACGAUCCGCCCAUUGUGCCCACAACAUUUGGCAAAAUGAUGGAGCUUCGUUGCGUUGUCGCUGUCAUCAGGCAUGGCGAUCGUACGCCCAAACAGAAGAUGAAGGUUGAGGUGCGGCAUCCAAAAUUCUUUGAAAUCUUCGAGAAAUACGAUGGCUAUAAGCUCGGUCAUGUGAAACUGAAGCGACCUAAGCAGCUGCAGGAGAUACUGGAUAUAGCGCGCUUCCUGCUUAGCGAGAUUCAUACGAAGGCACAUGCAGAGAUUGAGGAGAAAGAGAGCAAGCUGGAGCAGCUGAAGAAUGUGCUGGAAAUGUAUGGACACUUUUCGGGCAUCAAUCGGAAGGUGCAAAUGAAAUAUCAGCCAAAGGGACGACCACGUGGUUCCAGCUCUGAUGAUGCUGAAACGCCCGCCGAGCCCUCGCUCGUCUUGAUCCUAAAAUGGGGCGGCGAAUUGACGCCAGCGGGACGCAUUCAAGCUGAGGAAUUGGGUCGCAUCUUUCGCUGCAUGUAUCCGGGCGGCCAAGGUCGCUCCGACUACUCGGGCACCCAGGGAUUGGGUCUGUUGCGUUUGCACUCGACCUUCCGUCAUGACCUUAAAAUUUAUGCCUCGGACGAAGGACGCGUUCAAAUGACCGCCGCCGCAUUUGCCAAGGGUCUGCUGGCAUUGGAGGGUGAAUUGACCCCCAUUUUGGUGCAGAUGGUUAAGAGCGCCAAUACAAAUGGACUGCUUGACAACGAUUGCGAUUCGAGCAAAUAUCAGAAUCUUGCAAAGGGACGUCUGCACGAGCUGAUGCAGAACGAUCGGGAGUUUACGAAGGAAGAUCGUGAACUUAUAAAUCCUUGCAAUAGCAAAUCGAUAACGCAGGCAUUGGAUUUUGUCAAGAAUCCCGUUGACUGUUGUCAUCAUGUACAUUUGCUAAUACGCGAACUGUUGCACAUCAUAAGCAUCAAGAAGGACGAUCCGAAGACGAAGGAUGCGAUCCUGUAUCAUGGCGAGACAUGGGAUCUAAUGCGUUGUCGCUGGGAGAAGAUCGAAAAGGAUUUUAGCACCAAGUCAAAGCUCUUUGAUAUCUCGAAAAUUCCAGAUAUCUAUGAUUGCAUCAAGUAUGAUCUGCAGCAUAAUCAGCAUACACUACAAUACGAUCAGGCCGAGGAGCUGUAUAUCUAUGCAAAGAAUCUGGCGGACAUUGUUAUACCGCAAGAAUACGGAUUGACGCCACAGGAGAAGCUGGCAAUUGGCCAGGGCAUUUGCUCACCGCUUUUACGGAAAAUCAAAGGCGAUCUGCAGCGUAAUAUCGAUGAGAUCGAGGAUGAGUUUAUGAAUCGACUGAAUCCGCAUUAUAGUCACGGUGUUGCCAGUCCACAGCGCCAUGUGCGGACUCGUCUCUAUUUUACUAGUGAAUCGCAUGUUCAUUCGCUGUUAACCGUUCUCCGUUACGGCGGAAUGUUGAAUGUCGUUACGGAUGAGCAAUGGCGUCGCGCCAUGGACUACAUAUCGAUGGUGUCGGAGCUCAAUUAUAUGUCACAAAUAGUCAUAAUGCUGUAUGAAGAUCCCACCAAGGAUCCCAUAUCCGAGGAGCGCUUCCAUGUCGAGCUACACUUUAGUCCGGGUGUCAAUUGUUGCGUCCAAAAGAAUUUACCACCUGGUCCCGGCUUUCGGCCGCACUCCCAUGGCGAUAAUUCCUGCGGUGCGAGCUUGCAGUCCAACGAGGAUGCAAAUCCAUCACGGAUCGAGGAGGAGAAUGAUUACGCUUCAAAUGAUGAGCAGCAGGGCAAGAAACGCAGCUGCAAUUUGGUUGGAAAUCAACGCAACACAUCGGGCACAUCGUUCGGAUUCAAUCGCUUGGAAUUGCGAAGCAAACAGCUCAAGUCGAAGCCAAUACCAAUUGGAGCGCAUCACACGGUCAGCGGUCAUGAGGCAAUGGAUCUGGCCAAGCGUUUAAAUGAGGAGCUCGCCUCACAGCAGCAACAGCAACAGAUGCACAAUCAAUACCAAAAUCAACAGCAACUACAUCAACAACAACAGCAACAACUGCGACCCAUUAGUCCCGAUAUGAGGGCCGUGAGUCCAGAUUGUGAGCCGCGAUCGCGUAGCUUUGAGCAGCGUGGAUCUCCGUCAGCGAAUCGUGGCAAGGAGUCUGCGCCGUCGGCAACCUUUGUCGAGAUCGCCAAUGCGCGUGUGGGCGUGGCACGUGAAGGCGGUGGCAGUGACAGUGGCGGUGGCGGUGGCGGUGGCGGUGGCAGUAGCAACAGCAGCAGCGGCAAUCGAACCGCAAUGCAAAUACGUGUCACAGACAGAUUGUCAUUCUAUAAGAUUGAUUCAUCGACCAAUGAGUUGCCGCUGUCGGACAUUGACUUCUCGCUGACACCGGGCACACCACAGUGCCCAAAUGCGGGUGGUGCAACCGUCUGCAGUCGAUCACAAAAGCGUCACAAUCUCUUGAGCAUGCGUCGCAUGGUCAGUGGCGAUGAUGCUGAAUUUGAGGGUCUGCCACCGUUGAAUCACCUGCCACAAAUCUCACCGUUGGCCACCAACGAGCGACCAUUGAGUUGCAACUGCAGUGCAAGCAACUCCUUUCCCUUGGCAACAGCGCAUGCGCAUUCCAAGAGUCUUAUGGAAUUGCCAACUAUUGAGGCCAAUCGCAAUGCCGCUGCUGUCACAGAUGUUGCCACAGAUGCAACAGCUGCAACAGCUGCAGCUACAACAACAGCUGUGGCUGCUCCUCCAACUUCUAGCAGCUUUGAAGAUGACUUUCAGCUGUCCACGUCGGCGCCAGCGGUGCUUUUGAGUGCUGCAUUUGGGCAGCGUUGCAAGAGCAAUGUCUCAGCCAUGCCACCGUUUCCCGAGCAGAGCACAAACUCACCGACUGCCUCAACCUUAAAGCUCUGCAUGGACAUGGAGACACAUGAGUCGCGUUCUCGGCAAUUGGAGCGCAGUGGUCCGCGCAAGGCCACAAGUCAUUCAUGUGGGCAGCUAUCGCUAUUGAUGGCAUCGGGACCUGCAUCAGCGCCAGUGCUGAUCGAGAAUCCAUUUCGUUUUGCGGCAACAGCUGCAACACUUGCCACACAAUGUGGCAGCACAUUUGUCAGCUGCUUUGCGCCCAUUGCAGAGCAUGUGCCGCCAUCGCCCACAGCCACGCCCACAAGCACACCCAUUGAGGCGCAAUUGGUGUAUAAUAUACCCACUGUAUUGAUAACAGCCACAGCAUCAGUGACAAGCAAUCGAACAGCGAAUACAGCAAUUACAGAAACCACUGAAUGUACUGAAACAACAAGCGCAACAACAGCAACAUUAGCAACAGUAGCAACAACAGCAACCGCUUUGUCUUAUACUACAGCAACAAUGUCUUCUAAUCAACCUUGUACUAACCAAUUCAAACCAAUUGAUCCCUCCUCAAUUGACGCAACACAAUACAAAAUCAUAAACAACAAAACGAACACAAAUACACACACAAAUACGUACACAACAACGAACACAACAACAACAAACCAAACAACAACAACAAUUACUACCACAACAACAAACAUCACAACGCCCCCGUCUUGUUGUACAAAUACAAUCGCCACAGAUAGCAACGUUUCGGUCUCGGUAUCGGCAUCGGUAUCAUCGGCCAAUUCGUCAACAUCGUCGCGUCGCCAAAGACACAGUAUUGCCGGCCAGAUGUCCUAUAUGAAAAUGUUGGGUUUCGGUGGUUUUAGCAAAAAGAUGGCGACCAGCGCGAAUAGCCUUUUCAGUACGGCAGUUAUAAGCGGCAGCUCAUCGGCUCCGAAUCUACGCGAUAUGAUACCGGUAUCAUCAUCCGGAUUUGGUGAUGUGCCGCCGAUACGACCACUGGAGACUCUGCACAAUGCGCUGUCGCUGCGCAAGCUGGACAGCUUUCUGCAGGACAUGAUCCUUGCGCAGAUCUUUAAGACGCCGACGGGCUCACCGCCACGCGUCCAUGAUGUACCUGGCGCCAAUAAGUCACUGGUAUCUGGCGCUAGUACAACAAUACUACCUGGAUUGGACUCCGCUGUUUCAUCGAUUAUGGUUCGGCCGGAUCCGGCGGUUGCUUCCACAAUGUUGCGAAGUGGACCGACAGAUGCUAACCGAACGCCAGAUGUUGCAACGACGGCUCAGGGUUUGUCCAAUACUCCAGUUACGGAGGAUGUCGAGGAUGUCAACGAUGAGGAGAUGAACAAACUUCUAGCAGCGAAUAAACAGCUUUUGCAAGAGCAGCAGGAUGAGGACGUGGAUGUGGACGUGAUCGUGGAGAAUGUGAAUCCACAACAACAACAACAACCGCUGCACAGUCUGUCGACCACUGUGGACAUUGUGAUGAUCGAAGAACCGGAUCCGGAUGAUCUUCGCUCCUUUGAGCCCAUGAAUCAGGAUACGCUGCAGUCAAUUGGCACUGCUGCUAUCGCAGGCAACAUCCUGCUCACCGUCUGCGAUGAACAGGAGCCAAGUAGUGCCUGCCUAACGCCAGUCAGCGGCAUGGACCUCGAUCUCGAUCUGAGCAUGGUGGCCAACAAGGGCUCCAUGACACUCUCCGUGGAUGGAUUCGAAGACGAUGAGGACGCCACGUUGUCGGCAGCGACAACUCCUUCGCUGCCGCCCGACAUGGAGCCCAAGCUGGAGAUGUGCUACUGCUGUCCCUCGCAUGCCGAGCAGCCGCCGGAGGUGGACAGCGAUGAUCCCAAAUAUUGUUUUGCCCUGCCAGUGCAAAUAACUCAAGCGUCGCCGGAGCACGCACGUGCGAGUGUGCGGCGUGCCCAUGAUCCAAUCUCGCCGCGCAUGCAGAAACAGAUCAGCUUGUUUGAAUGCGGCCCAGAGGCGAAUGCGUUGCAUGCAUCCAUUAAUUUGCCGGCGGCGGCACAACAAUUGCGUCAGGAUGCACGACUUCGCAAAUUCGAGAAUCUCACACAGUCCACGUCCAAUUCGAAUUUUCCAUUUGAGAGCAACACGCUGAAACGUGUGCCACUUGUCAGCACCAAGGAUGACUAUGCGAAUGUGUCGCAUACGCAGAGUUGCAUCAAUCUGAAGAGUAGUGGGGCUGGAUCCGGUUCCGGUUCCCUCAACUAUGGUUCGCCGCAGCAUCAGCGGGAGAGGGACAGGGAGAGGGAGCGUCAGCAGUCAACUGCUGUUCCAGUUACCAAUUAUGAUCGCAUGCCCAAUGCAUUGUCCGUCUGCUGUUCAUUGGAUACGGAUGCUGGCUGCAGCACAACGACAUCAACGGCAGCUGGCGGAGCAGGAGCAGCAGGAGGAGGUGCAGCUACUACGGUUACAAUGACCGCACCACAUCCAGGCGCACUCAUUGUCAAGGAGCGUUUUAUAGAGCCACCAAAGCGUGGCAUUGUCCGUGGCUAUCAUGGCAAGACGCAGUCCAUGGACGCCGAUUUUCUGUUCAAUGAGUUUCUCUUGCUGCCGGCAAUGGCGCCGACACUGGACGAUGAUUUAGAUAAUAUUGAACAGGCAACGGAGCCGGAGCCGGAGCCAGAACUCGACUUGCCGAUGUCCAAAUGAAUCAACUUAUAAAUAUAUAAAUAUACCUUAACUUACAUAUACACUUAUAAAUAUAUAAAUGUAAUCGAAAUCUUUCCUAGCUCUUAACUUGCAUUGUCGUUGUUGUCGCAUUUGUUGUUUGAUUCGAAACUGAAUAAAGAUCUAUUUUUCUGUCCUAAGCAAAAAA